UUGGGUGAGGGUGACAGACGACGCAAAUCUUCGCGUCGUUCGUCCCCAGUCAGCGUCGUCUGCGAAGAAAACAUGGCGGAACUCUACGCAUUUUUCGAGGAUGUUGGCGUAUGUGAGGACGAAGCAACUCGCGUAUUUCGUUCAAACAGUGACGCGUUUGUUGUCCUGUCCGACGAUGCCUUCAUAAGGCACUUCCGGCUGUCCAAAGAAGCAGCUAAAGAGGUCUGCGAAGCUGUCACCGAAGACUUGAAGCGACCGCAGCAAUGGCGAUCCACAACGCUCACGGUUGAACAACGGGUGCUCAUGGCACUACGCUUCUACGCGACCGGGGCCUUUCUUGGUAACAUAGCACACGAAGAGUACUUCGCCACGACCAAGGGCCCGGUCUCGGAGUCGAUACAUGCCGUCAGCCUGGCUGUCAUAAAAAAUCUGGCCCCCAAGUAUCUGCGCUUCCCGCAAACACCCGAGGAGAAGCUGGCCGUGAAACGUGGAUUCUACGAGAUUGUAGGGCUGCCUGGAUGUCUUGGUGCAAUCGACGGCACAGCCGUUGCAAUCAUAGCGCCCAGCAACAUGGAUCCACAUUUUACUGAUGGCAACUACUACUGCCGCCAAGGAUAUCAUGCACUGAAUGUGCUAGGGAUUUGUGAUGCCAAUCGCAGAAUCCUCCACGUAAACGCAGGGUAUCCGGGGAGCUGUCACGACGCUGCUGUCUGGGCUAUGUGCAGGAUACGACAAAGGGCUUCGGUGCUGUUUGAUGACGGUGAAUGGCUGCUAGGAGAUCUUGGCUACCCCCGGGAGCCCUGGUUAAUGACUCCCUUCCGAAAUCCUGCAUCAGACAAGGAAACAGCAUAUAACAGGGCUCACAGCAGGACUAGAGUCCGAAUUGAGCAUUGCUUUGGAGUGCUCAAAAUGCGGUUACGGUGUCUACAGAGGUACCGCACACUUCACUUUGCACCGGACAGAACCUGCAACAUUAUCACCGCCUGUGCUGUCCUACACAAUAUGUGCAUUGCGUACCACUUGACUGAUCUUGCAGACGAUCCUGAGCCAGCAGCUACAGAAAAUGCCAGUGACACCUUGCCAGUGACAGAAGAUGAAACCAGCGAGGAGGAAGGGCAGAGCAGUCAAAACAACUCUCUGACAUCACAGGCGAUGCAUGUGCGCGAGACAAUUGUCGACAGAUAUUUCUAACAGCCUGUCAGAAAAUGUGUGCUUCAUCGCAACUGCUAAUUUCUAUACUAUUAUCCUUAAUAUUUUCUUGAUGAGCAGCAUAUCGUUUCUCACACUGCAUAAUUGCUCUUGUAAAGGUCUAAUGCACAGGCUUACGUAACAGUGAUUGCAAAAACAAAUCACGUGGUGUUUUAGGUCAUUCUGGCGGUCCUUUCAGCAUAAACACAAGGCGUUUAUAAUGCAGAAAUAGAGAUGAUGUGAAGUGAGCACCCUUUUGAAUUUAGUAGUAUGACAACAAUCUCACAUGAACAUAGGUUCCUACAAAUUCCUCUAAACGUAGAACCUUAAUUUUUACAGAGGAAAAAUACAUGCAACUACAAGGGGCAACCUAGUAGACAAAUGUAGCUGGAACUGAACCAGUGGUAAUCAUGUUUUGCAAGUCUGGCUAACCUAAGAGUCCUCAGGAUGAAACUUACCUCAUGCUUGCAUGCCUCUUUCUCUGUUCAGCAACAACGUGACGUACUCGGUCAUUGGGCCAAUGAGGGGCGUAAGCAACUGUGCAUAACAAGCCAAAACUAAUGAAAUGUAAUUGUAACAGCAAGGGCUGUCUCGGUAAAGAAAUGAGCUGUGAUUGUGCGGAAGCCAUUCAAUGAAAUGUCAAGAGCAGCAUGGUGCCAAUGAUAUUUUUACCUCUCUUAGCUGCGCCACCCCAUUAGUCAGCCGUUCCUGCACGCUGGCUAUGCGUUCAGCUACAGGAAGGGGGACCCUUCUGCGUCUGCGGCGACGUUCUUGACGUGGCCGCUGCACUCGAGGCUCCCCUGUCGAAGUUUGCGGCCUAGUGACGUUGGUCGCUACUGGGUUAGGAGGAGUGGUGGAGCUGCUUGGUCCCGCAGUGUCCUGCAACAUAUAUUUUAUCAGUCUCCACUUGCUUGUGACAUGUCACUUUUUGUGUACCACGAUUUGAGGAUUGUCCUGACCCUGGGUGUCCUCUGCAGGCUGGGGACAGAUCUGCAAAACAGCACACUGUGUUACAUAACAAGAGCAGUGUUUAUCUUCGAGUGUUUUGUAAAUAGAUAGUGGCCUGUAUAGUGUGCGAUAAAGAGUGUGUGCUACACCAACAAAGUGUGCCUCUACAACAAUAAAAUUCCGCAUUUUCUAUUUGUAUUCGUACUCCUUAAUAAAUAUGUACCACUAGCA